AUGAAGGUCUUCGCUCUUGCCGCCGUGGCUGCCCUGGCUGCCAUUGCCCAGGCUAAGGUCGCGUUCACCAACUCCGCGUACAAUAUCCAAGCUGGGGAGCCAUUCACCCUGACCUGGGCCGGAAACACUGGCCCGGUGACCAUCACCUUGAAGAACGGGCCAGAGCGCGACCUCAAGACGGUCCAGGUUCUCGACUCCAACGAUUUGGGCAAUUCCUUCACUUGGACGCCCCCGAGGUCUCUGGCUACCGACACCUACGCCUUCGAGAUCAAGGACUCUAGCUCUCCCGACGAGCCAAACUACAGCCCGCCGUUCGAUUUCGAGGGCACCGAGGCCCCGUCGUCGAGCGGUUCGUUGACGGCCACAGGUGUAUCGAGCACCUCGAGCGGCACGGCUAGCGCCAGCACCCCCAUCAGCUCUACCGUGUCCGGCAACCGCACCACCUCGUCGAGCAACUCCUCCGGCACGCCUUCCACCAGCCGCACCUCCACCCGCACUUCGGCAACAACCACGACCUCGGCGCCUACAUUGGUCCCCACCAACACCAACGACGGCCAGCGCUCCAAGUCGCCCCUCGCCUUGGUCCUCGUCACGAUUGCUGCCCUCCUCUACUUUAACUAA